GACACCCAUUCCAACUUCCGUUACCACGCAUGCUAAGCGAACUGGAGCGAUAUCAGAGAAAGUCUACAAAUCGCUUUGUAUAGAAGAUUGGAAACGAACCAUGUUGACCUGGUUCCAGACAUCAGUACAGUACUAUUCUUCAGGGUCCACUAAAUCGUACUUAUGCCUAACAGGCUCCUCGUCGCGCUCCUUCCAUUUGCCAGGCGUCGAUAUUGGUCCUCAUGGGCGCCGUUUGGCUACCCAUCGUCGUUAUUUGACAAAGCGCACUCACGCGCCAACCAACAUCAACACCACCACUUGAUUCAGUUCAUGUCGUCAGAAAAUCUACGAGAAGAAGGAAAGGAGUACUUCAGGCAGAAGAACUAUGCCCAUGCAAGGGCUAAAUUCACCGAUGCCCUCGAAGUUGAUGGAGAAAGCAUCAUUCAGUAUGCUAACCGUUCAGCGUGUUACUAUUAUUUACGCCAGUGCGUUCUUGUUCACUUAUACUGUAUGGUUAUAAUAUGAUGAAAAGGUAUGAAAAUGCAAUCUCCGAUGCUCGAAAAGUAAUUUUAUAGAUGGUCGAACUGAUUUCA